AUGACAGUUCACAGACUCGAGGAGCUAAGAAAGAAGCACGCUCCAGAUAUAAUUUUCCUAAUGGAGACAAAAAAUCCAGAGGAUAUCAUCACAAACCUGCUAUCAUCCCUUAACUUGGAGUCUCGCUUCUUUGUUCCACCACACAGCCCCGGAGGCGGAGGAUUAGCUCUCUUCUGGAGAAACGACAUAGACCUCGAAGUCCUCCUCUCCUGCAACAAUUUCAUAGAUACUUCAAUCUCCUACAAGAACAAAACCUUUGCUGCCACAUUCGUUUACGGAGAACCCGAUCAUACAAAAAGGAGAAACGUCUGGAAUGAAAUAACAAACCUCGCUUUCUCCAGAGAAGAACCGUGGUUCCUGACUGGAGAUUUCAACGACAUCAUCGAAAAUAGCGAGAAAAACGGCGGACCGGCAAGAACAGAAGGAUCCUUCUGCGACUUCAGAGCUUUCAUCUCCCAGAAUGACCUCUACGAUAUCCAGCACUCAGGUAACUCGUUCUCGUGGAGAGGAAUGAGAUAUACCCACCUGGUCCAUUGUCGUCUUGACCGAGCCCUAUCAAAUAGCAUGUGGGCUGAGAGAUUUCCCUCUAGUAGAUGCUACUACCUAGACUUUGAAGGAUCAGAUCACCGUCCUUUGCUCUCGAUCCUUGAGCCAAACCUGAAAAAGAAGCGUGGCAUCUUCAGGUAUGAUAGAAGCAUGAGAUCAAACGAAGAAAUCUCUAAGUUAGUAGACUACGCCUGGAAUGCAGCAAAUGAAGAUACUGUGGAGCAGAGGCUAGCUAAAUGCCGAUCAGCUAUCUCCCUGUGGAACCGCAAGCACCACACAAAUAGCCAGAAAGCGAUUCAAGAUGAAAAAGCAAAGCUAGAGAAGGCAAUGAGCUCUACGGAUCUCUUCAUCACAAAAUCCUCUGAAUGCGUAGAAAUAGUGGCUCACGCUCUAACCCCCUGCAUCUCCCCUGAAACUAGUGAAACCCUGAUUGCGACCCCGACCACGGAGGAAAUUAGAGAAGCACUCUUCUCUAUCCAUGCCGACAAAGCCCCCGGUCCAGACGGAUUCUCUGCAAGCUUUUUCCAGUCAAACUGGUCAAGUGUCAAAGAGAGAGUAACGACAGAGAUCAAGGAAAUAUUUACCUCCGGUAUAGUGCCAAGAUCUAUCAACAGAACCCAUGUGAGACUCAUACCGAAGAUCCCCAGCCCCAAAUCAGUUGCAGAAUAUCGCCCCAUCGCUCUUUGCAACGUCUUUUACAAGAUUAUCUCCAAAAUCUUGAUCAUGCGACUCCAACCAAUCCUCCCAUCCAUCAUCUCAGAAACACAAACAGCUUAUGUUCCGGGAAGAGCAAUUUCAGAUAAUGUAUUAAUCACACAUGAAGUUCUACAUUACCUCAAAGGCUCAGGAGCAACGAAGCAUUGCUCUAUGGCGGUGAAGACUGAUAUGAGCAAAGCCUACGACAGGGUGGAGUGGAGCUUCAUAGCAACGGUACUGGAGCGCUUUGGCUUUCACGCAAGAUGGAUAAAUCUGAUUCUCCAUUGUAUCUCCAUGGUUUCCUACUCUUUUCUGGUGAAUGGAGCAGCUCAAGGCUCGGUCAUCCCCCAACGAGGUAUAAGACAGGGAGACCCCCUGUCACCCUUCAUUUUCAUCCUCUGCGGUGAGGUCCUGUCUGGCCUAUGUCGACAAGCCCAAGAUAUCGGCAAGCUCCCUGGAAUCAGAGUAUCCAGAGGAAGCCCUCGACUCAACCACCUCCUCUUUGCUGAUGCCACCAUGUUUUUCUGCAAAACAAGUCAACAAAGCUGUGAAUCUCUUAUGACAAUCCUCCAAAAGUAUGAAAAAGCAUCAGGAAUAGAGAAGGAAGAAGGUAAAGGAAAGUACCUUGGCCUACCAGAAAGCUUUGGAAGAAAGAAAAAAGACCCCUUCACUAUGAUUGUAGACCGCAUCCACCAACGAUCAGUCCACUACUCCUCCAGAUUCCUCUCAAGUGCAGGGAAGUUGACUAUGCUCAAGUCCGUCUUGUCAGCUAUGCCCACCUACUCCAUGUCGUGCUUCAAACUCCCUGCAGGCUUAUGCAAGAGAAUACAAUCGGCUUUAACUCGUUUCUGGUGGGAUUCUAAGAUAGGAGAAAGGAAAAUGUGCUGGCUCUCUUGGGAUAAACUUACCAGAUCAAAACGAGACGGUGGUUUAGGCUUCCGAGACAUUCAGAGCUACAACGAUGCCUUCCUCGCGAAAUUGAGCUGGAGAAUCCUCAACCAACCCAAUUGCCUCCUCUCACGAGUUCUCCAAGGAAAAUACUGCAGAGACCGCCACUUCUUAAACGUGUUCCUUCCCUCCUCAACAUCUCACAGAUGGAGAGGAAUCCUUAUAGGCAGAGACCUUCUGCUCCAGAAGCUAGGAAAAGCAAUCGGCAAUGGACGCUCUACCUCGCUUUGGAAUGAUCCUUGGCUCAGCCUCACCACACCAACCUGUCCAGUAGGUCCUACAAGAGAUCAAGACAAAACCUUGUAG